AUGCCUGUUGGCGUUCAAUGUUGGACCGCACUGACAAUUUUACUUGCGGGCGUGCUAGCUAAUGUUUACUUGGGUUUGUACAUGAGCGAGAAAUGUAGAAAAUCUUUGGAUGGAAUACGCGUUUUGAUAUGUAAUCAAGUAUUUGCCAAUCUAUUGGGACUAUUCUCGCACGCGUUCCUACCAACACAUAACGAACGCCUGCGAGAAUCGGGAACAAGACUGGACUACCUAUGCAAAAUCAUGCCUUCGCUUGGCUUUCUCGGUGUUGCCGUGUCGCUUUCCAACUUAGCGUGUAUAUGCGUCGCAUACUACUAUAACAAGAAGAACCGUGUUGUGCUAUCUCGGCGUAGCGCUUGUCUAAUUGUGUUAAAUUUAUGGUUCAUCGCAAUACUCCUAACCACUCCCUUGACGAUUUCAUUGGACAGCCUUGAAAUUACAUUCAACAAAACCAGUGCGAAAAUGUGUGCGAUCGUUUGGCAAAAUCAACACUACGAAGAAAUGUACAUGGAUUAUGUGUUUACUUUUAAGUUCCUCAUACCGUUAUUAGUUAUUUUCACAAUAUGCCUAAAAAUUGAACUAUUGUCCUUACAGUCACGAAAAAUCCUUUCCCGGUUCCCUAACCUUCCAGCUCUUCUCGUUGAUAUUCUCGCAGUUACCUGUUUAUUCCUUCUUGUUUACUUCUACCCGCUUCACAACGCUUCUCGCGAAAAGCCCUCGGUCUUUGUCAAAGUGUUUGGGUCCGCUACGACGUUUACCGUUAUCCGCAUAUUCGAGCUGAUCGGCCUUACAAAUUGCAGUAUCGUGCCUGUGGUUUUGAAGUCGUGUGUCGACGAGUAUGCUAAAGUCAGCGACGUCCAAAAGAAAACUCGGGAUUAUGUGGCGGUCUUGAGCAAAGAUGAAAGCGAAUGUACCCUUGCCUUGCCUUCGGCUAUUGUCAAUGUUGUCACCUAUGAUGUGCUGACUGAGAAUAUGGUCGCUGAUGAAUUGAAAUCCAGCCCUAAGACAGAGGGUGUGAAGGUCUUAAUUACUCUUUAA